UUUAAAUAAACAGCGAGUCGAACGCGACCCUGCGCCUUCAUCAGCCUUGUCGAGCAACGAAAGACUCCCCAGAUGCUACAUGACCAGCUUUAUGGUCAUCGUUGAAGCCUGGGGACGUCGGUCGUAAUAGAGACCGCCAGAACGCGUUGAUUUUCGUGGACUUCUAGUAAUCAUGGCUCCGACAAGCAACUCCGCCAAAGCGAUGCAGCACAACCGCCCCAGACCGACCGUACCAAAGCCCAUUGUGCCUGCUAUCCCGCUGCCUUACAUUCAGAAGCGCCAGCAGCAGCUAGCAGCACGCGAGAAUGCGAAGGAAGAGGCUGCACAAACACAAGUGGUGGAGCAGCAGUCUUCCCCAGCACCAUCUCUACCCGAGACAGCCCCCGCCACUGUCAACGGCCCAUCCGACACUCAUAGCACUGAAAAGUCUGAGGAAGGCGAUGGGGCUGCUGGGAAAGCUUUGGCAAGGGACGAGGUCAAACCUACCAUACCGGUCCAAGAAAGAGGAGAGCUACGUGGGGUUUCAAACCGGGAGGAGUCAGAGGCUUCAGUCCAAGAGAAGGCAUCAGACAAAGCACUUGAGACACACUCCAUACCCUCUGACGGACCAUCCUCAGCUUCGAGAUCGACCUUCCAGAUGCCCCCACCGUUUGUUCCCGCAAACCAGAGCCAAUCGAACGCAACGGCCUUCAAUCCUGUCAAGUUCCCGCCGCAACAAGUCUUGAACGGGCAUCAUGCUUCUCAAGCCAGUCCUGGAAGUGUUGUAUUCGGUGGGUACCCAGAAUCCAAUACUUCGUCACCUGCGCCACCCCUCUCUGCGGGCAAUGUUCCACCAUAUCCCUUCCAGCAGCUACCCCAGGCUGGACGUCAUGUUCAUCAUCCUUCAAACGGUACCCAUACGCAGCAUAUGACGAACGGUUUCUCCCCACUGGGACCUCCACCUCCGGGGUACUAUUUACGCCAAGACAAUUUCAUGAACCAAGGUCCUGGAUCAGAAAUCUAUGCUCGUCGACAGAUGGUGUCAUUUGGGCCCCCUAAUGGACAGUCGCCUUCAGGCACACCCUCCGGUUUCGACAAUCCACGUUUCGGCCCAUAUGAUCCUUCAACACCGCGGAGCUUCCAUGGUUCACAGUCUUCAGCUCCGAAUGAGCAAGAUAAUAACCCAGCUUUCUACAGCCAGUACCCGAACGCCGUCAAUUCUAGUGGAAGUAAUGGUCAUAUCGACGAUGUUCGCCUAUACCAGCAGACACGAAUGAAACCUCGCCCAGGUACUCAACCAUUGGCGCCUCCGCAUGGCACAUUUCCUAUGGGACUAUCUCCCGCCGCGGAUGACUAUGAUGGUCUUUUGGCUUACCUGGGAAAUCAGUUUGCUGAUGCUGAAUUGGCCGACUAUACUCUCGAGCUUCGUUACUCGGAUGAUCGCGCUCCUCCGGUCCGUAUUCCCGGCCACAAUCUCAUGUUUGCCCGAAGCCCAUACCUGAAAAGCCUCAUGAAAGCACAACCCCGAGAGAGCAGUGGCCUGUCAGUUCAACCUCUGUUCAUCGAGUCAGACGAUCGUUUCUUACGCUCCGAUGGCUUCUGGAUGGCGGUACAGAGACUGUAUGGUGGGCCUCUUUUGGAUCUAGGUGCUGCUGCGAUGCACCACUUGCCAAGAAGUGCUCGACAGACUUCACCAAUGCCUGGCACCCCUGCCGACCGUUUUGACCUUGCGCUCGGAUACGCGGCUGCUGGCCGUAUUUUGCAAAUCCCUCCAGUCAUCAAUCGAGGUGCAGAAAUUGCAUGCAUGUUAAUCAACUGGGACACAGUCGAAAAGGCCCUUGACUUCGCUAUAGAUGGUGGUCUUGAUUCGCAGUGGACUUGUAACACCCAACCAGAUCAGACUGUGACUCCAAGUACUUAUGGCCCGGCUGUGAAUAUGAUCAUCUUUAGCGCGUUGACCUUCAUUAUUACCUCGUUCCCUCCUAACUUCGAGCUCGAUACUUCCGUCCCUGAGCCAAGUCAUAACCGCAGACUCCCAACCGUACCCCAAGAUCGUUCGGCCGCUCCGAAUCCACGCCUGAGUUUUAUCAAGUUUGGCGAUCAUCCAAGCGAAGAUAGCGUUAAAUCGGAGACCGCAAACUCCAUUCCAGUAACCCUUUCAAAGGUCUUGCUCAAUCUACCAUUUCACCUGCUGAAAUUUGUACUGGAGUCUCCACGCUUGGGAAAUGUUGAAGGCUGGGCAAACAAUACCCUCAGGCAGAAGGCCAUGCAUGCAGUCAUCGAAGAGCGGGAGAAACGCAGACUUAAGAUUCUUGCCAGCCCCCAUGUUCCGGAAAGGACGCCGGAUCAAUUUGACGACACUGUACGCUGGCAAGAAGCUGUUGACACUCAUGGUGGGCACGAAGGAAAUCCGGUGUUGAUAAGAACUUGGUUCGAGAAGGGGGUUCCCAGUUCUGACAAGUGAUAUGUCUUCUAACAGAGGAUGACGACUAUGGGAGGGCAAUGAUAU